AUGGUAAAUCAGUGCCUACAAAUUCCAAUGGUGGCUAUUGGAAUGAAUGAAAAAUUGUAUCCAUAUAUUCAGCAAAUAGAAAAUGGUGAGGAUGAUGAAAAUGCAAGCCAGAAGCUAUUAGUACAUUUGCAAAAAUUGCUUGUUUCAUGGCCAGAUCCUGCUGAAUU